GUGAAGUAGUUUGUGUCGAACGUGCCUAGAGAUUGUGAGUAUUUUCGGUCAACAGAUCGGAAAUACUGGACGUAGAAUAUAUUUCGAGCAAAAUUGACCAUCAUUGACCUGCGUUAGCAACAGAGUGUUAUUAGUUUUUGUUUGUUCGCUAUGAGUUUCCGUGGACGUGGUGGUGGCGGUGGUGGAGGAGGAGGAGGUUUCCGUGGUGCCGGUGGUGGUGGAGGAGGUUUCCGUGGUAGCGGUGGUGCUGGAGGUGCCCGUGGAGGAUCCCGCGGUGGUUUCGGUGGUCGUGGCGGGUUCAACAAUCGCAGCUUUGGGCGCGACGAUGGGCCAAAAAACAUUAUUCCGCUCGGAUUCUACGACUACCCGUGCCAGGAAGAUCUGAUCGCCAAGGUGGAGGUCGAGAAUGUCCCGUUCUUCAAUGCACCCAUCUACAUGGAGGGAGAGAAGCAAAUUGGCAAGGUGGAUGAAAUUUUCGGUAACCCGAAAGAUUUUUACGUCUCGAUCAAGCUGAUGGAUAACAUGAAGCCGGACGGAUUUCAAGCGAAGCAGAAGUUGUUCAUCGACUCUGGAAAAUUGCUACCCUUGGCACGAUUCCUGCCGGGCAACCAGACCCGUAAGCCGGGUGGUAGAGUCGGCAAACCUGGGGGCGCACGUGGUGGCCCCGGCGGUCGUGGUGGACGUGGUCGCGGUGGAGGCGGCGGAUUCCGUGGCGGCCGAGGAGGCUUUGGUGGAGGUGGUGGCGGUGGUGGUGGUGAUGGAGGUGGUUUCCGUGGAGGUCGGGGUGGCGGUGCACGCGGCGGUGGUGGAUUCCGCGGGAAUCGUGGAGGUGGUGGAGGAGGCGGUGGAAACCGAUGGUAGGAACCACAAACAUGGAGCGAAUUGUGAGUUUUCCUAAGUGUACCCUAGUUUACACUGUUUGCGUAUAUAGUUUUUGUAUAAGUGCUUAAUGUUUAAGAACAUGGAAAUAUAUACUUUGCUUCCAAAAUGUCGGAGCUGUACAACAAGAA